UGCUACACAGGUUAAACCUUAUAAAUAAAUAAACUGCACCCGAAUGAUUAUGGGGAAUGACAUAAUGUGAUAUGUUUGGUUGUGGGUUCGAUUGCUAUAUUGGUUAUGGCAGAUGCAUGGAUGGUUGCAUUGUCAUCGGCUCAAGUUGUAGGUGCUUUGUUACUGUCUACGCACGUGCCAUUAGAGCAGCUUCGCCAGAACUUUGAUUUGGACAGCUAUGUUGAUUUCAGACUCCACAGAUAUUAUGGUUUCUCAAGCGAAUACAAUGCUGCUGUGAUUGUCUUCGUUGUAAUGAAUCCAAUAUUUGGCCACUGCCGACGGCUUCUCUUGAGGGAGAGCAUGAGGCAGCUGCAGCUUACAGUUCUGUGCUGCCCUGUGUUCGACAAUGCUCCCACCAUCCCACCACUGGUGGAGGAGCUUCAUCCUGUGCCACCACGGGAGCAGGCCUUCCUGGCACCUGAUUGCUCCUGGCUGGCCGCGACAACAACAGAGGAAGGUUGGAGGACAUCCAACAUUGGUGCAGCUGUGUCUGAUGUCGUCGACGAACUCUACAGUGAUGUUGCAGCGGGCAUUGACGACGCUGCGUCUGAUGUCAUCCACAAACUCUGCAAUGACGUUGCAGAUGGAGAAGCUGCGUCCGAUGUUCUUGAAGAAGUUUGCAGUGACGUUGCAGAUGGAGGACCCGUGUACGAUGUUGUUGACGAAGUCUGCAGUGACGUUGCAGAUGGAGGACCCGUGUACAAUGUUCUUGAAGAAGUCUGCAGUGACGUUGCAGACGGAGGUUCAAGGAGCUCAAGCACUAGUGCAGCAAUAUCGAUCGUCCUUGAGGACGUCUGCAGUGAUGCUGCUGAAGAUCGUUCAGGCAUGGUAGAUGGGAUCGUAGAGGAGGUCUGUAGAGAAGCGGACGAAAGUCGGCACACCGCCACUGUUGAUGACGUCAUGGAGGAGGUCUGUAGAGAAGUGGACGAGAGUCGGCGCAAUCCCACUGUUGAUGUGGUGAUGGAGGAGGUUUGCAGAGAAGCGGAGGAAAGUGAGAGCAUCCCCACUGUAGCUAGGGAGAUUACAGAAACCUCAAGAAACAACUUAAAUGACAGUGGGAACAAUGAUUUGAUGACGAGUACACGAACCAAUUUUGAUGGGUAUGAUGGAGGUGAGGGUGACCAGCCUCAUCAUCUUCAGCGUCAUCCUGAUGAUGGUGAUGACACCAUUGCCAUUAUGAGUGACAGUGAGGAUAAAAAUGCUGUCGUAGAUGAAAAGGUUGGAGAACUCACAAGUGAGACAGCCGCACAUGGAGGUGAGGGUGACCAGCCUCAUCAUCUUCAGCGUCAUCCUGAUGAUGUCUCUUAUACACAUCUAGAUGUGUAUAAGAGACAGGAGGGUGACCAGCCUCAUCAUCUUCAGCGUCAUCCUGAUGAUGGUGAUGACACCAUUGCCAUUAUGAGUGACAGUGAGGAUAAUUUCGUCCGCUUCUCUACAGACCUUGAGGGUAAUGCUGUCGUAGAUGAAGUGGUUGGAGAACUCACAAGUGAGACAGCCACACAUGGAGGUGAGGGUGACCAGCCUCAUCAUCUUCAGCGUCAUCCUGAUGACGGUGAUGGCACCAUUGACAUUAUGAGUGACAGUGAGGAUAAUGCUGUCGUAGAUGAAGUGGUUGGACAGCUCACAAGUGAGACAGCCACACUAGAUUUGUCUUUCUCUGAUACCGAGCAGGAUGUUGUAGAUGAAGUGGUCCGGCAACUUGCAAUUGAGGCCGGUGAAGCAUGGGACCAGACAAGAACCGGUUUUUCCAACAAUGAGCAGUUGGCCCAUGGCAAGCCUCCCCGCUACUGGAGCAUAGUUCCGCCACUAGGGGGAGGUGAUCCCUUCCAUCUAGAAUUGGCAGGGUUGUCUUCCACCCAAGAUUCCUUGGCCGGGUAUCGCACACAAGCUGGCGGACGACCUGAAGGACAGCUGGAGGUCGGAAAGCAGCAUGGAAAGGAAGGCAGUGUGGAUAUCACAAAGACACAAUCAGCUGUGGUGGUCCCUGGCUUGAACAGUCCGAUGAUGGGCUUCGACCAUGCGCUAUACGUGACGACAGCAAGGAUGUUGACGGCCCCCCGAUCAACAGUUAACGCGCGAAUUGUCAUUGUGGGGUGUUCUGACACAGCGAUCGCCUUACUGAAGCGCAUGAUCUUCUGCAGGGAUGUCAGAUUUACAGGCCUGCUGCUUCUGUCUCCCAAUGGCUUGACCCAGCAGCUUGCGUCUUACAAGCUCAUGGUGCAAGGACGAGGGGUAUUCCGACCAUCAUCGCAGCUGUCCCGCUUGGGUGUUGACUGUCAGAUCAGGAUCCUUCCCACAUUCAUGUCGGGCAUUGAUCGUGAGGCCAAAAUGCUGAAGAUUGGCAAUGACACUUAUCUAUCAUACGAUUCUCUCGUGCUAACUCCAGGUCUAGAAACUUCAGCGCGGCUAAAGUAUUUCCGAUCUCGCCAUGGCUUAGGAAAGGUGGGGGGGAUGAUGGGAUUAGAGGAACUUGCCAUGAAGGCCUGGAAGUGGAAAAGGCUCAUGCCCAACAAGCACGGCGACUUGCUGAAACCGGCUAUAGUUUACGGAGCAACAUUAGAUGCUCUCUCUGCCAUCCGUAUCCUGCUGAGUCUGGGCAUACCGGGCACAGAUAUCGUCUGGGUUGUCCCUCAAUUAGAGGGCCCAGGAAUGGACAAAUGGGGCCCUCCCCGUCCACCAUGGUUGCAGGACCUGGAGCUUGUCCGGCUUAUCCUGGACGCGCUUCAACACGAAGAAGUGACUGCUAAGUGGGGCAUACGACUUGCAGACAUCACACAUUCAGACACACUGCCACCUGGAAACUCGGAAGAAUCUCGAGGAGCAGCAGUGGCUGGAACACAAGGAGGAGCCGCCGAAGGACCGUAUGCUGGAUUUGAACACUGGAUAACAGCCGUAUCGUUUGAUCGCAUCCAAGGGUCGGGGGCUGCUGCUGCAAGCGCCUCUUCUCAGAACCGCGACAUCGUUGCAUUGCGUGACAGAGCAGAAAAAGCGCCACUAAGCUCUGACGGCAUCUCGUUCCAAAAACGGGUCAGCUUAAGCAAGUUUUCAAAGAAAAAAUCCACCAAAGUGGUGAUCCCCUGCAAGUGCUUUGUGCUAUGUGAUGGGAAAGAUCUGGAUCCUGAGAUUUUUUUGCCACUUAACUCUUCGGGCCUGGUCUACGAUGGUCGACUUGUUGUGAAUGGGGGCUUCGCGACCAACGACCCGGAUGUUUACGGCGGAGGAGCGGCAUGUAAGUUCACAAGGAAGUAUGGUAUCUGUCCUCGGAUGGAGUGUCACAACUCCUUAGAGGUUGGAGAUAAACUUGGGAAUAACCUAAUCCAAACCUUAUCUAGAUCAUUGACAAUCAGGUGCCAAUCAUUCUCAGUCCUUGGUCCAUUCCAUGGGCCCGUGAGUACUGUUCCGGGAAUAGGAAUGGUUCAGGAAGAGGAAACAGUUGGGGAAUUAGAGCGACCUCAAGAUCGUGAUCGUGAUCGUGAUCGUGAUUGGGAUCGGGAUCGGGAUCGGGAUCAGGAUCAGCUGCAGCAAGAAGAUUCUCAGCCGUCAGACUCAGUUCCUCCGGAUGGUGAGGAGGGGGAGAAGAUGAUAACAGCUGCCACGACAAGAAUGGAUAAAAAGUGGCACGGGAAAUCCAAUAAUCCCCACACGACCUUUGGCCUUGUUUCAUCUAGCAAGGAGCGAAGGAACAGCGAUGCGACUGCCAUGCCAAAGAGCGGAAAACCGCCUCUUCCGCGACUGAGCUCUCCUAAAUCCAUGGUCGCUAAACUCCCCGGGGGACUGCAGUUUGUACACGUGGCAACUCCACAUUGGUAUGCGUUUCCUGAGGUGCAGGAAAUGUCGGCCAAACGCAAGAGGAUUAUCAGCCGGAACGUGGGAGGAUUGGGUGGAGAGGUCUUUGUCCUUGAGAUGGACCCAGACGACAUCAUUGUACGUUGGGUGUAUUGCGGAAGGCGAAAGGUAGAUGCCUGGAAGAUAGAGCGUAUAGUUGGCCGACCAGUUUGGCAAUUCGGUGAACUCAAGUCUAGGCUGGAGAAAAAAGCGAACUUCGAUCUCCUCGGCUUCCUCAACCAGGCUUGGAUGUCUCUGUUCUAUCACGACAAAUUUCAGCACCUGUACUUAUCCAUCAGAGACCUUGUGGCUGUCCAUAAUGACCUCCGGCGGCGCACUAGCUUGGAAACUACUGAAGCUGGAUCAGAACUGGACCCUGUGGUCCCGAAAAGGUAUAGAAGGAGAGCUAGUCUGACGACCAGAUUCCGAGUGAAUCUUGAGGGAAAGGUCCACUCCAAGGAGGCGGGCAAUACGGAGGACAUACUGCCAUCUGGUGCAGUCGUGUCGACCUCUCUCGCAGGGCGCCAGGAAGAUAUUGAGAAAGAUGGCAAAUCACAAGUUCUGCAGACGAAUCAACAGCGUGAAAAAGAGGGGAACUUCUUCGACAUGGUGGAGGCGUGCAUGGUUGAUUUCCUCAACAAAUACAGGUCGGAAAUUUCCGGACUCUUGACAGUGAGGCUUCGCCCCCGUCCUACUACCUCGUGACUGAAGACGACAGUGCUUACAGUCCUAGAUAACCAAUCAUUGAUUGCCAAAGAUAUCACUGGCUGACUCUUUGAGGCCUGAGCCCAUCUUUGAAGAACACAGUCAACGCUUGACCUGGCCGGUUAACGUCUUCCCCCGAAUAGAACAUACUUGGUCACUAUACUUUCAAUCUC